UACGGGUUCAAAGUCACACUGACGCCUGUCGACUUAGACUGGCACAGUUACAUAGCAUACGCGAUGCAGGAGGAUACUCCCCUGUGGGAAUGUGAAAUGGUCCGCGUAAACAAUAGGCUUUCAUGUGUGAUUCCUCAACUUCCACCAAAUUCCAUUUACAAAGUCGGCAUAGCCUGCUGCACUUCACACGGCAUUUGCAUCUACUGUAUUGAUCGUCUCCCUGCCAGAACGAGGCCUGGCGCGCCCCGGUAUCCCGCCUUAAGAAGCUCAACCCCAAAUGCUCUGACAAUGGUAUUUGAACCGCCUGCGGACGCCAGGGACUCCGCCUACAUCUAUGCGGGCACCUUCGACCCACCCGUCGGCCUAAAUGUUUACGGUGGGGGUUGCGAAAAAAGGCAACUUACAACUGACCCUUUCUGCGAAACGGACCUUGCUGUGCCCGCAACGAUCUACACCUUCCGGAUAUUCGCCUGUACCCACAAAAGUUUGCUGUGCAUGGAAGGAGAAACGGGAAAUGCUAGUACCUCAGACCCACAGCCAGGUCGCCUUUACUUGGCUCGGAUGCAAAACGGCUGUGUUUACGUCACCUGGCGUUCGAAAAUUGGAAACGAAUUGGACGAUAAGCGCGUAUUUCGAGUGCGUGUUGAUAAAACCACCAGUGAAGAACACCGUGUUCCAGUCGGACAAGGAAACUACAGCUACGUCUUCAAUGGGCUCCAACCGUCUACGCCGUACAUCUUCACCUUGGACAUUUGCGAGGGACAAACUUGCAAAACAUUAGAUGGCGCAGCGCUCGCAACUUUAGAUGCAGGUGAAUUUUAUGAAUGA